UUUUCCAGUCACCGUUCAUGCUGUAUUAACAGGCUGCUUAGCAGGAGGCAGAUGGUGGUUGAUGUACUUCACCCUGGCAGGGCCACUCUCCCUAAGACAGAAAUCAGGGAAAAGCUCGCCAACUUGUACAAAGUCACCGCUGAUGUUGUCUUUUGCUUUGGGUUCAGGACACAUUUUGGAGGUGGUAAAACUACUGGAUUUGCAUUGAUUUAUGACACCUUGGACAAGGCCAAGAAGUUUGAGCCUAAAUACAGACUGGCGAGACAUGGAUUGCUAGAAAUCAAGAGAACAGGCAGAAAACAGAGGAAAGAAAGAAAGAACAGGCAAAAGAAAGUUAGAGGACUGCCAAGACCAAAGUCGGUUUUGACAAGGAGAAGAA